AUGGCUCCCCCACCAAACCUCCCAAACCUGAUUCGGCCAUCCAUCAUACCGAAGAAGGCCGCCGGGCCCCUGCCGAAAGACCUCCACACUGUUCCGUCAGUGGACCACGAAGAGCUCGACCUCCGCUGGUCUGUAGAAAGCCUGCGGCUUGAGCUCCGACACAGGGGCCUCUCCGAAGAGGGCAACAAGGUGGACCUAUGGCGUCGCCUUCAGCUUCGCCUGGAUCAAGAAAGAGCUCGAGAAGCAAGGGACGAGGCUGCAAUAGACGCUUUUAUUGCUGCAGCAGAUGCUUCUGCUGCUCCUGCUGCUGCUGCUUUUGCUGCUCCUGCUGCUGCUCCUGCUGCUGCUACUGCUACCGCACCUGCACCUGUUCCAACUAGCGACGACGAUCACCGGGCGCAUGAGCUGGCUGACCGACCAGCACCUCACGCCGACUUGCCUCGCCAGGACUUGAAUCUUGCCGACUCGGUCCUGAUGGCUCAAUUCGUCGCAGCCGCGUCCACUCUCAAGGGCAUGGACAUGAAGACCGACCCGGACGGCGUGGACAAAGCCUUGCAAGACGCCCUGGCGCUCGCUGAUCGUGUAACGGCCAGUCAGAUUGUCCAUAUUGAUGCCCAAAGGGCCCUGGAUGCCGUCAAUGACGUACAUCAGCAGCGGGCCCUGGCUCGUCGGCCUGCCUCAGGCCUGGGACUUCCACAAAGCGAGGUCGAUAGGAUGGUAUCAAGGAUGGUCAAAGAUACCAGGGCCAUUGACGCCAUGAUCAGGCGGUUCUUGCCAGGCUCGACUCCGCCUCGCGUCCCUCAACCUGGCAACGCUCGGUCUGGGAGCCCUCAGCCUAGCAUCCCUCAGUUGCUUCCUCCCGUGGUUCCAGCCGCUUGUUCACGAUGCCACGGAGCCAUGAUACACUUGGGAGACCGAGCCGCAGGCAUGGCUCUGCUUCGGCGUAUAGUCAAAGAUGGCCCUCUUAUGAUUGUCCUCCAGCAGCGCCACGAUAGGACCUGGACGAUUCCCGGUGGCAUUUCCGACGUUGGCGAGGCGACUCUUGGAACCGCGAUGCGAGAGGCGAGGGAGGAGUGCGGGAUCACUGACCACCAGUACCGGAUGUGCCACAACGUAAGCCCGUACAUGGAUGUGCACCCGCUGGCCGACGGCAGAGCCUGGUCUUUCACGACCUACUUCGCGCACGUGAUUGACCCCGAGUUCCAUCCGGCGGUCACUGACGGAGAGAGCGUGGCAAUGGAAUGGAGAGAUGUCGAGGAGGUCGCCGCGCUGCCUCUGCAUCCUGGGAUGGCGCUGAGCUGGCCUGACGUCAAGGCACGUAUCUACGCUUGUAGGAUCCGUUGA